CGUAUGCCUAUCGAGCUACCAUGUACAUGCUGCAGCCCGCCAUGCAUCAGGCAAAGCCCUUCCACACCCUCGACCAGUCGCCGUGUUCCCCACCCAAACACAGGCUCUUGUUGGACCACUUGCUUCCUCCCCCAGCAAGUACUGUUCGGCACAAGGUGUCAUCACACCUGUCCUUGGUUGACGUUAUAACCAGGGCGUUCCGUUUGGCAGACUUUCCACCCUCGCGGCACCCUGCCUGAGAGGGCAAGCCUGUUUACCAUCUCCAUCUUCACGGCUCUUCCCCGACCACCACUCCGGUCGCAGUCCAGUAGACCGACCUUGCCGAGAUCCAUCUGGUGCUGUUCCCCGGUUUUACGAUCCCAUAGAAGCGCGGCCUCUGCCCCGGUCGACGGUUGAGAUUCAGCACCUGUCUCCUGGCCCAUAAUACGCACUGGGCUCGGUGGAACCCACUGUCUCCUGCAUGGGACAAGGGUCGUAGCCCUCGCAUGUCUUUUUCUGUUUUAUCUGAGUAUCCUUGCCUUGCCCGACCACAAGGGACUCACUCUCCAUCACACGUACAGUACAUAUGGUGGCACUAGCAAUCUUCUUGACAUACAUUACAUUACAUACUCCCUUCCUCGCAGUCGAGCCCAGCUUCUUGGCCCAUCUCCCGCCUCCUUCCUCUCCGUGCGCCGGAACGAACCAGGCCCCAGCAAGGCUCGAUCGCUCCUCUCGGUCGCACAGCCAACGGAACGUAUCUCCCAUAUUGUUUGCCGCCGCAGGCGUCAGUACAGUCUGUCUCUUGUCGCCAUCCCACUUUGUGCCUCAUUCGGUCUCCGGUCACGGUUGAUGAGCAGCGGCCUGGGGCCAGGUGACCUAGGACCCUCCGUCUUGCUGCUUCCACUUCUUGCCUACGGACUCGGCUUCAGUGCGUCUCUAACUUGAGUUAUACGACUCGGUAUUGUCUGUUGGUAUUUACAUACCUUGUCAGUGAGACUCCACCCGUCUGCCAUCUGCCGCAACCACUAGGCCACCCUGGUGAACACAGAUUGGCCUGCCAAACACGACAGGAGAAACAAUCCGGUCAUCUCCUUCCCUCACAACUCAUUACGCGGGGCUGUGCGGUUUGGUGCAGUCGAGUUCUGUCUGUCCCACUCGAUCCUGCGCGACACGAUACUUCACCCGACCUCUCCGAGGCCUUUUGAAAGUCUUGCCCCCCCCCCUUCGCUCACCUCGCCUUCUCAUCGCCGUCGGCAGGGCGUCCUAGCCUUUUCGUUCCCGCCAAAAUCAGGCCGCUUUUGGCCGUGUCAGCUUCGACAGGGUGUUGAGGCAUUAGGGCACUUGAGCGCACAUCGUGUCUCCUUCACUCAGGAUACUCAUUGCCAUUUCUGUGCUGGGAGGCCGUCCUGGGCGAGUGGAGAGCAGCUUUCCGAUGUUUCACAGCCGUAUAGCAGACAAAGAAGACCGUGACGCCCGCUUCUCCUGGCAACUUGAUAACAGCGAAGUGUUCCGUCUGUCCAAGCGCCUGUGCAGGGACCAGCAAUCCUGGAAUUGGCCGCAGCAAUACGGUCCGAUCUGACACAGGCCCUCAUUUUGUCUUUGUUGUCGAUGGGCCUCUUUCCAAAAUUUUGAUCAUUCCCAGCAAGGCAUUUCCCAGCAGAGGCUCGAUACUGUCGAUCGUGCCGUCGCCAGGGUUCCCAAUUUGGCGCAUAUCCGCUUCCCGUCAUACUCGGCUUCAGCAAGCUCCCGCUCCAACAGACACGCGAGACCUGUGCCAGCGAUCUGCGGGUUCAACUCGACCUGGCUGCUGUCAGGAAAUUUGCCGUCCGUCGAGAGGGCAACCAAGGCCAUCGGCAGUUGUUGUCUCCAGUUUAUGUAUAUUCAGUGCCGCUCUUGCCUUUGAGACGCGUGGCUGCUUGUCAUCGCAUAAAAGGCCAUCAAUAAGGAGCAGGACGUCUCUUGCCUUGUCACAUCCAGAGCGCAUCCAGGGUUUUGAUCUUUCGCCUACAGCACAUAUCUCAACUUUACCAAGAUGGUUCAGCCGACCCACCCGUCGCGCCUUUGGCAUCCGGCCGAAAGGAUGCCAACCAGGAUUCCCAAUGAUCCGAUAUAUGAAUCUAGGGUUCCUAUGGAUAUUUGCACGAUGUUUGACGAAUAUUGCAACAUCCCACUCAAGCAUUUUAUUAUGGCAGGAAUCAGAGAUGACGGACAACUGGUGAGGUUCACCGGGCCAAAGGAGGCUGCAACUUCGGAAGUCCUGUCCAAGUACAUUGAUCUCGACGGAUACCAAAAAUGGUACACGACUGGAAGGGUGAUGCCAACACCGAGCCCUGCGUACGAAGAAGGCUAUCCUGCGCAUGGAGAUCCAGGUAGACCUCACAUGAGCUCCGCAUAUGGCGGACGUCGGCAGUAUGACCGACGGCGCGCCCAGGGGCUCCUUGGUUACGACGAUGAAGCCUGCUAUAGGACUCGGAAGAGGCAGAGAGGCGGGUUGUCGGGAAGGAGAGAUGUCACUUUGGACGACGACCUUCCCGCAGUCCAAGUGGUACUCUCCAAGAAGGGCAUCCGAGUCGGCAACAAGGAGGAGGUCUGGAAAUUCUGCGACCAAAGAUUCAAGAACAUACAACAGACUGCUUGCAAGUUGAUUGCCAAGGCAUGGGUCAAACUGAUCGCACCAAAGAAACAGUCCAACCACCCUUACACAGGUGCCGAUGCAAAGGCUCCGGACUGGUGGCCGAAGCCUUGGGGCACAUCGAGAGACGAGAAGGUCCGGCACAAGGAACCAGACCAUCUUUAUAAGCCUGAACGUGUUUAUCUCUUGAACCAUAUUCUACACAUGAUCACCGAACCGAACCAUCUCCAGCACAAGGACAUCCAGAAGCAUGGACUGAACGUUAGCAAAUUGGAGGAAGCGACCUUUGAGGCGCUCGGAAGUUUCUUUGGGGAUGUCGAGAACCCGAACAAUGCCAAAAAGAAGCCUUAUCUCAGAGAGAUCUUCAAGGUGGCUCGCUACGAAGAGCGAUUCAAAAACGGAGAGAUAGAUGCCGAGGUUGAAUGUAUGGUCAUGGCUGAUGACAAGGUCCCCGAUAAUUACCAGUCUGACGAUGACGACGACGACGUUCCCAAGGAGGAUGACGACUCCGAACAAAACCCAGCACCGGCUAACGAUCCGACCCCGAAGACCGCAGACCACGGUCUGAUGGUGGCUCCGAGCAGUGAGCAGAGCCCAGCCGGCAACUUGCAGGGAGGCCCUUUCUUGGGAGACCUUCCGGUACGGGGUCCUCAAUACCACCACCAGCCGUCGAUGAUGCAGCCAGACCUCAGUUCCGGGCAUGCGAGCUUUGUCGAGGGCGGCGGUUCGAUGGCCAACCAAUCCGCGAUCCAGCAAGCAGCUUCCAUGCCGUUACAGGAGAACUUUCCAGAUCCCCACGCCACAAGCCGUCGGCCGUCACUAUACGCCUCACCAUCUGAAUAUGGCAGUGCACCGACAUCUGCCAUAUACCCGGGCUGGCAGGCGACAAACCCGCCAACAACCCCGUCAAUGUACUCGUCUUUCGAUAACCAGCAGCAGCAGACGCAACAAUCAGGAUCCUAUGUGCAUCAGCAGCCUGUACCGCUCACACAGACCCCACAAUACGUCGAGGCAGCAUCUUUCGAUAACAUGCAGCGAGGCUCUUAUGACACAGGCCCUGCGAGUAUCUAUCGGACGACGAGCGUCCCACAAGGCUCUGUCCACUCGCAUGCGACCCAAGGUUUCCCAAACUAUCUCGCACAGCAGCACGACCCCAGAAAUCUGUCCGGGCCCAGCUUGAAGAUCGAAUCACUAGGCCGUGGACAACUCCACGAUGAAGGAGGCAGCAGUUUUGAGUAUGCCGGGAACAAGAAUCCCAGCAAACGGUGGAACACGUGAAUGCGAUGUUGCAAGGGCAACUUUGUUUGACCGAAGGGGCAACUGGAUACUUUGGGCCGGCUGACGUGAUUUCCUCUUACACCAACAUUCGGCUUCGCAGCCCUCAUUUGAUCUCGGUCGCGAUUCGGCGACAUUCAUGAACAAUCAGCACAAUUCGCGUCGGCUUUUUGCAAAAAGUUUUCUUCCGCCUCUACAGGAAUAGAUGGUAUUGGUAUGAGCCAGCGGCUGGAUAACGACAGGACAGCUUUUUCCUCCUCCUCUUCUUCUUUCCCGAUCCAGCAUUUAUUCGGACACCCAAACAAUCACAAAAGAGAAAAAAAAUCAACAAUCUGCCGAGCAUUGGUGCUACUAAUUUUUCGAACGAGCGUGUUUCACAGACGGUGUCUGCGCCAUACAACUUGGACGGCAUAGACGAAUAUGAAGGAAUGAAACUUGGUGCCUGGUCAGACAUCUUCCUCACCUGGGGACAGUAUGACAGGAUAAAGUGCGUGUGUUCCAAGAUUGGGAGUGCCCUUCCCUCUCUGGUGAGGGUGGAUUCAAGGGAAGGAUUGGCUCUCGUGCUAUUUCUGGGUCUACAGUCAGAAAAGGCCUACACAUAUGGCGUUUUCCAUGAUGGAUGAAAUUUAUAGAGACAAGGAAGGGAAGGCGAGGCCUCCAAGAUCGACAACGAAGCACAUCAGGAUAAAGUCCCUUUUUUUUAAAUCCCUUGAAUGGCAAGGGUAAGGGCGAGGAUUAUGGGCGCUCAAACAGGAUGACGGGGUCUUCUAACGUGUGUCAGUCUUUUUUUGUCGUUUCUAUUGCUAGUUAGGGACACCAUUAAUUUACACCAGCCAAGCGAGCAUUUCAACUUGAUUCAACAUCUCUUUUCCUCCCAUACUGAUUUCAGACCUGGUGCGCAUGUACUAUAGGUGGAUGCAAGUAGAUCCGCUGAGGACAGCUUACCUUGCCAGGACUGAGCAAUUGUGAUGGUCUCUUGUCUAGAGGAACGCCCACGUCAGUCGAGACCAGAGAUCUCUCGGCUCUGCAAGGGUUUGUCUCUUUGGC